AUGAAUACUAAAUUCUAUGAACAGCUUUCCAGUGAUUUAGCAACCCUUUUUGAAAAUGAAACCGAAUAUAAUGUAGUUAUUGAAGUUGGUGAAGCACCGAAUAAUCAUUCAUUUAAAGCGCAUUCUAUUAUUUUGAAUUCUCGAUGUUCAUAUUUUCAAAAUAAAUUAAGUACAGUAGAUUACAAUAAUAAUUUUAAAAAAAUUGAAUUACCUGACGUUUCUACUGAUAUUUUUUCGAUUAUUCUCAAUGGCACUGUUUCGUUAGAAAGUAAUCCUUCCACAAUCUUUGACACCUUAAUUACCUUUGAUGAUUUUGGCUUUAAGGAAUUCGUUAUUCCUUCUAACACCAGAUUACCUCCUCGAAACAAACCACCUUCUUUAAGUAUUUCAUCAUUAACCUUUGAUGAGGAAAUAAAUAUAAAGGACUUGGAUCAAAAUCAUGCAACAUUAUUAAGUAGAUAUGAAGAAUCACUUGUAGAUUUUAACAAAACAUUGGAAAUCGAUCAAAAUAAUGCAAAAGCAUUAUCUCAUCGUGGAAUGACGCUUUUAGUUAUGGGUCGACGUGAAGAAUCUCUUGCAGAUUUAAAUAAAUCAUUAGAAAUAAAUCCUUAUUGUGAAGCUGGAUUAAUGGCUCGUAUUUUGACUUAUCAAAGUAUGGGGAAAUACGUAGAUGAAUUAUUAAAAUUAUCUAUAGUUGGUCUAGAAAUUGAUUUUUUUGCAACAAGACGUAAAGGUAAUAUAUAUAAUGAAUUAGGACAAUAUGAAGAAUCAAUUACUUGCUUAAAUAAAACAUUAGCAAUUAGAUCGAAUGACAUGGGCAAAUAUAAUGAAUCUAUUGCAGAUUUUAACAAAUCAUUAGAAAUUAGUCCAAAUAAUGUUAUGACAUUGAAUGCUCCAUAUCAAAACAUAGGAAAACAUAAUGAAUCACUUGCAGAUUUAAAUAAAUCAUUGGAAAUUAGUCCAGAUUGCCCAGAUCAUAAAUCUAUAUUAAUGCAACGUGGGAUAGCUUAUUAUAAUCUGGAUAUGUUUAAAGAAUCUUUUGAUGAUUUAAAUAAAUUUUUGGAAUCGGAUCCAAAAAACGAGACUGCAUUAAAAUAUCGUAAAGAAAUUUAUCGAAAGACGACAAGCUUUAAGUUUUUUAAUUGGUAA